UGCUGCAGGCGGUGCUGCUGCUGCAGGCGGUGCUGCUGCUGCUGCAGGUGGUGAAUGCCGUAGCAGCGCUCCGUGAGCGCCAAGGAGACGACCAUGGCGUGGAGAGUGGCGACACUCGCUGUGCUCGCUCUGCAGGUCUCUGCCGUCCUCGCUGACAUUCAAGACGUCGGGGGCCCCUUGCUAUCGUUUGUGCGCCUGCCCUGCCACUUUGACCGAACCGAGGACGUCGACGCGAUCACCGUGCAGUGGAAAUUCCUUAAAGGUGGCGACGAAUUCCCGAUCCUCUACUAUUGCGACGUGCUGAAGCGCAAAACGGAGCGCGUGAUUUGGGAAGGCGAUCUGCGAGAGGGAGACGCGGGCAUCGGGCUCCUCGACGCGAGCCGUGACGAUGAAGGAUUGUACUCCUGUGAAGUCGUUAACAUAGCGGAGAACAAACAGCAAAAGACCACCGUUCGCCUGACCAUCCGUGAGCCGGGCAGCAGCGGCGAGCAAUCAGAUCCGCCGGCCGCCCCUGCAAACCAAAGAUCAGAAGCAGAGGCGAAGAGCGGAACGAGCGUCGCGGCGAUCAUCGCCGCGACGUCGCUCUGCGUGAUCCUCGUCGUCGGCAGCCUGGUCUACGUCAAGUGGAAGACCAACGGGACGAGGGCCAUGGUGACGGCCUACAAGGCCGUGGACCCGGGCCGCCAGGGCCAGGGUGGUGGCAGGCCGCUCGUGACCAUCACCGUCACCGACGGGAGCUUCGGCGGCUCCCAGGUAAAGCAGGUCUCCGUUGUGUAGCGCUUCUCAGCACGGCGGUGACGGCGAGACAAUUCGGUGAACGAACAACCCCCCGCCACCUUCCGGAGAUGGUGCCUGAGGAAGACGUCGGCUUCGUUAGCCCUUUGCAGCAGUGAUGGAGGAGGAGGUGGUCGCGGUAUAAGAUGUUCAAACACCAACUAGACACCGAGUGUAUUGCAAUUGAAGUCCGCCUUAACCACACAAACAUGCUCGUGGUGGAAUAUGCAACCUCGAUCGCUAUCUCCUAUCACUACCCUUAUCAAUACCCCAGGUCCCAUCACUACCCCAACCCCUAUCACUACCUCCUAUCACUACCCUUAUCAAUACCCCAGGUCCCAUCACUACCCCAACCCCUAUCACUACC